AUGUCAACAAAGGAACAAUUUUCUAACUUGGCAAGGUGCCAAUACUUAACAACUUCUGCAUCAGGCACAACUCACAAUAUUAAAGAGAUUUUUAUCGGACGUUGCUAUGGAUAUAUUGCUUUGCAGAAUUUUACAUUGCGUCCUGGCGUUACUUGUCCUUCGUUAUGGCAAGAAUUUAGUCGAGUUUUCGUAAACCGUGAACCUUGUGAAGUCGAUCCUACUCAGUAUAGUCGAUUUCUUAUUGAGUCUUCCAGUCCUGUCCCUCCCAAUAAGGCUCUUUUUUGGUCAGGCGUUUAUGACUUUGUUUCUUCGUACGUACAAGCUGUUGAUGAUGUUUUGGUAAUAUCACAAACUUUUACUGGAUUUCUGCUAGAUAAAUUAACCUGGUGUGGUCGAUUCAAAUCAACUCCUCAGUCCGAAGGUAUCAAUUAUCUAUACUGUAAUGAUUCACAGGGAUGUAGUCACAGGAAUAUGCUGUCAUUUUGGGCUCUAGCAUCCCGUGAGUUUGCCAAAAGUGCAAGUGGACUUGUAAGAGUCUUGCUUACGAGUGAUAACAAGACUCCUGCCUUCAAUAACCAAAGCAUAUUUGGUUCUAUUGAAUUACCCAAUUUAUCUCCUCAGAAGGUAUCUAAAGUGGAAAUUAUGGUUAUGCAUGGCUUGAACAGUAAACCUAAUCAAAUUGAUCGAUGCGGUAUAGGUUCAAUAAAGGAGCUACAAAACAUCCUUACAAGCCAUAAUUUUACUUGGAGUUGCCAAGAUAAUCCAAAAUCAGUUCUACACCAUUUAUGCACAAAAAAUCCCAAUAAUUUUCAUUGCCGCUUAGCCAUCGAUAAUAGCACCACGACAAAUCCAAGCAAACCCAAUCAGUCAGGACUAAUUAUUGGAAUUAUUAUAGAAGGGGUGGUUAUUGCUCUACUUGUAGCCGCUUUGUUGGGCAUUAUAUUGAGAGGAAAGCCAGGAAAUUUCUGCUCCUCAAAAAAUGGCGGACCUGGCUCGUCUCGAUUAAUGGACAAUCAUGAAUAA